AAUUAUAAGAACUAUCUGAUAUCGUUAAAUGAGUUCAGUUUACAGUUUUUCGUCUUACUCUGAGGGUGAUCUUUGAGAAAAUGAAACUGCUAUUUUGGAUUAUUAUGUUGGUAGUCGUGAUAUCUGCUUUCGCAGAAGAAAAAAAAUUAUGUCCAUGGAAACUCUGUCCUGCUGGUAAAGCUUUGAACGAUGAUUGUGAAUGCGGAUGCAUUCAUUCCCUUGCAGAUAAAAGCAAAAUUGCUAAGAUUUUAGCCAAGAAUUGAAUUCAAUAGAUAUUUAAGUUGUGCUUUAUACUAUGCUAAUUUUAAAGAAUGAACAAUAAACUAUUCCCAAUAACUAUUUAUUCAACUAAAA